ACGGUCUACAGCUCAAGUAUCAGUUACGUGUGACAUUUGGACCACCUAACCUCUAUAUAUACCGCCCCAACGCCAUCACACUCAUCACAAAUCCUUCCCAUUUCCCACACAAUCCCUUUCUCUCUCUCCAAUCGUUCCCAUGAAAAUGGCCCAUCUUGGGAUAUUCCUAGUGGGUUUUCUCUGUGUGUUGAAAUCUGUACAUGGGUAUGGAUAUGGUGGGGGUUGGAUUAAUGCUCACGCCACCUUCUAUGGAGGUGGUGAUGCAUCUGGGACAAUGGGUGGGGCUUGUGGCUAUGGGAACUUGUAUAGUCAAGGGUAUGGGACAAACACAGCAGCAUUGAGCACAGCCCUUUUCAACAAUGGGCUAAGCUGUGGGGCUUGUUUUGAGCUUAGGUGUGUGAAUGACCCACAGUGGUGCCUCCCAGGCGUCAUUGUGGUCACUGCCACUAAUUUCUGCCCACCUGGAGGAUGGUGUGACUCACCCAACCAGCAUUUUGAUCUCUCUCAGCCUGUCUUCCAGCACAUUGCUCAAUACAGAGCUGGGAUUGUACCUGUUGCUUAUAGAAGGGUACCCUGCAGGAAGAGGGGAGGGAUCAGGUUCACCAUCAACGGCCAUUCCUACUUCAACUUAGUCCUGAUAACAAACGUGGGAGGUGCUGGUGAUGUGCAUGCCGUUUACAUCAAAGGAUCAAGGACAGCAUGGCAGCCAAUGUCCAGGAACUGGGGCCAGAACUGGCAAAGCAAUUCAUACCUCAAUGGCCAGGCUCUCUCUUUCAAGGUCACUACUGGUGAUGGCCGUAGCGUGGUGUCCUACAAUGUCGCUCCUCCUGGCUGGUCCUUUGGCCAGACCUUUUCUGGUCGCCAAUUCCUCUAGACUCUCUCUCUCUCUCUCUCUCUCUCUCUCUCUAAGCUAAGUGAAGCAGUGCUGCUAUGUUUAGCUGGUGGAGUGGACCAGUUAAUAGUAAAUAGUAGCAAAUACUAGUGUUGGGUCUACAUGAAAAGGGGCUUAUUUUAAAAUGGUCCUAAUCAUUUUAAUUGGGCUUUUUCUAUUAUUGGAGGCUAUUUUGUUAUCAAAGAAGGGGCUUUAAUGAGAGGAAUGAAAAUAGUCCUGUACUGUUCUGGUAUUACUGAUGCUAGCAGUGGUGGAUUUUUACCACCCGCCAGUAGUAGUAUAUAUGUAGAGGGUUUUAUUUUUCUCUUUUUAUUGGGCAUAUUGCUUUUAUUAAUUGAGUAAUUGUAAUCAGCUAGUUGCUGAGUAUGCGCACUUCAUAAAUGUUGCUAUAUGAGACAGUAAAUGUAAAUUUCCAAGUUCCUGGUAAUGAAAUGGAAUUUAUCUUUGAUGUGUUUGUAUCAA